AUGUCGUCCACCGGUCCCGACAACGCCAACCCGACCAUCCACGCCGCGUCCCACGCCCCGACUCGCCGCACUCGCCUCGCCGACCUCGACCUCCAAGACGACCUCGACCAGUGGCACCUCCUCCAGCAGCAGCUCGAACACGGUCACCACCUCUCGGGCGACACCGACACCGACCUCGCAGCCGUCAACGACCUCGAGGACUUGAUCGACCAGGACGAGAUCUUUGACCUCAUCCGCUCCAUCUCGGACCCAGAGCACCCGCUCACGCUCGAGCAGCUCGCCGUCGUCUCGGCCCCCCAGAUCACGGUCCGCAACGGCACCCGCCCCUCGGUCCUCGUCGAGUUUACGCCCACCAUCCCGCACUGCUCCAUGGCCACCCUCAUCGGCCUCUCGCUGCGCGUGCGCCUCCUCCGCAGCUUGCCCGAGCGCUUCAAGGUCGACAUCAAGGUCAAGGAGGGCACCCAUCAGAGCGAGAACGCCGUCAACAAGCAGCUCAACGACAAGGAGCGCGUUGCAGCCGCGCUCGAGAACAACCACCUUCUGUCGGUCGUGCAGCAGUGCCUCUCGACGGCCGACCAGCGUGUUACGGCGUGAGGAUGGGCUCCCUUCUUUCCCCUGGACAGCCUCCCUCGUCCACCUCGCACUCUGUCUCUCCCUCCCUCGCACCCUGUAACGCUGCCGUACUUGUUGUCGCCGUC